AUGCCAUCAUGUGCUAGAUUAAAUAAUAGAAAAGAUAUUAAAAUAAAUGAAUAUAAUGCUCUUAAUAAUGUUUACAAUGAAAUAGAACUUGACAAUAAUGAAUGGAUAAAUGAUGUAUUAUCUGAUAAUAUAACAAGCGAAGAAUUUAAUGAAGAAGCUUCAAGUAAAGAUUCUAUUAGCGAUGAAGCUUUAAGCAAAGAUGAAGAUUCGAUUGAAGAAUUAAAUUAUGAAAAUUCAAGUGAAAUAUCUAAUAAUAGUGAAAUAAUAAGCGAAGAAUCUAAUGAUUGUAUAAUGAAUGAAGAGGGUCCUGAUAAAAUUGUUGAUAAGUCCUUAAGCAGAAAACAAAUGCUAUCAAUUAGCGGAGAGUUCACACCAUAUUUCAAUAAUAUUACGGAAACAUUAAUGUUUUGUUGGGUUGAAAAACACAAUAUAUGUGGUGUAUAUAUUCAAAUUGGAAAUUUCCUCUUUGAUAAAAGAAGGCAACUUAGAAAUCAUUUUGUGCUUGGGUUUGUUAUGUUUGGGGGCAAAUUUGAUGAAUUUAUUGAACCUUUUGUUGCUGAGAUGAAACAACUAGAGAAAGGAAAAAUAAUGGAUGUGGAAGGAAGUGAAUGCCUUGUAAUUGCAAGUCUUGGGGAUGUAACAGCAGAUUUGCCACAAGGCAAUGAUCUGGCUGGAGUUAAAAGACACGAGGCUACAAAAGGGUGUCAUACUUGUAAUGCAACAAAAGAUUCCUGGACAUCAGAUAAUAUCAAUUUGUCAUUGAUUUCUCAUUAUCACCAUAUUACAAACAUUCAAUUCGGUGAAAUUUCAGCAGCACCAACAAUUACAAGAUGUAAGGAAAUUGCUGCUGAAUGUGGAUUGCCAUUCAAGCAUUCAUUUUUAGAAAAUGAUUAUAUUAAGCUACGUGAAUGCUUAGAUAAUGAAAGAAAAUUAUUAUCACAGGCAUUUAAAGAUUUUGAAAAUCUACCAAAUUUACAUGUUAACUUUCAUUUGGUACAACAUGCCAGAAAUUAUGCAACUUUACUAAAUACUAGUGUUGGAAUGAAAGAAAUGGUUCAUCACAUUUUUAAGAAUAUAGUAACAAGAACAAAUCGAAAAAAUAUAGAUCUUGAUUUGUUAAAACAUUAUACUACAUUAUUUGCAAUACAUUAUUUAUUUGAUGGAGGUGUUGAUAGCUGCUUUUUUUCUUCAAAUAAUGCUUUAAUGAACUUUUCAUAUCACUUGAAACAACUAGUGAAUAAUUGGUUUAUCACUGAAAAAUUUUUUGAUACAAAUGAAAAUUUACAUGAAGAACUAAUAUUAGCAUAUCGAGAUAUGGAUUAUGAAUUGACGAUGUUUGAAGAUUCAUGUCAGUUUUAUGAAUACAUUUGUUUUUUAGUAGAAGAUAAUGAUACUAUCAUCCAAUAUCGCUUACAUGUCAGUGAGGUUGUGACAGUAAUAACUGAAAAUAAUAGUCAGAAUUUUGCAAUCCUAAAAUCAAUUUUUAGUCAUCAAAAAAGCAAUCAAUGUUUUGCUUUUAUUAUUGUUGACUGGUUUGAAAUUACUAAUCAAACAAAGGUAGGAUGUCCUAUAUACAAACUAAGAAUUGAAAAUGAAGGCCAAUGA